AUGGCGUCGCUGCCGCCCACAUCGCCGACGAUUGGCGCUCUCGUGCUGCCCGAGAUGAACGUCGCGAGCGCAGAGAACUCGCGACAGCUCGAGAAGCGCUUUGCGUUUCUGUGGACGUCGGCGCACCGUCUGCUGCCGAGUAACGUCACGCUGGCCAACCACCUGAUUGCGUCGAUGAUGCAGAUGGCCCGAACGAGUCGCGCGCAGCUGCCGCAGUCAGUGCUGGACUUUAUCUGCGCGCGCUGUGGUGGACUGGUCGUGCCCAGUGUGUCUGCGGCCGUGCGCGUGGUCCCUCAGGGCCGUCAGUCGCCUGCGAACCGGCGACUCAGGAGACAGCACCAACGGUCAAAAACGCAAAUGCACAAUCGUGACCACAAGGGGCCACGUCUGGUUCGUGAGCGUCUGUCAACAAUUGUGCGAGUCACGUGCCACCGAUGUCGUCAUCGCAACGACCGGCCGGGGACGUCGGUAGUCUACAAAGCCAAAUUGAAGAAACGCAGGGAAGAGGGUCAGCCAUCGGCAGCACAUGCUCCCGAGUUGCACAAGAGGACCACAAAUGACAGUGUCGCAGGUCAAGUCGACGACUGUUCAGCGAAUGUUGCGGGGACAUCAACGACGGACGUGGAGCUGACCUUUGCUCCGUCGAGCAUGUUUGCAGCAGUAGCACCACCGGGUUCGCCGAGAAAGCUGUUGGACGGACCGAAGAAGCGAAAGAAAAAGAAGAAGAUUGCACAGCCGGAUGCCGCUGUUGUCGCUGUCAAGAAUGACUUGAGCUCCUUUUUGCAAGGACUUGCUUCACGAAAGUGA